AUGCGCAAGUUCGAGCCAUUACGGAGUACCGCCGACGAGUCAAUAUGUUGUGAAGUUCCGAUUAUGAUGCGGCGCGCACUCCUUACAGCCGCACGUCCCCGAAAUACAGCUCAUAGUGCAAGACGGUGGCGCUCAAAUACCAAGAUCGAACCUCCAUCUCAAGCACCCAAGUCAGAAGAGCAAGCCGUGGUACGAAGUCGAUUUGAUCGCUUCGUAGAUCGUACUCCUCGUUUCCUCCGACCAACAGUCACAGGCCUACGGCAAGCCCCAUUCUCACAUGUGGCGGCAUUCUUUCUUCUCCAUGAAUUGACCGCUGUCAUUCCGUUGUUCGGUCUUGCUGGAGCCUUCCACUACUGGCAUUGGUUGCCGCCCUACUUCGCUGAAGGAGCCUGGAUUGCGGCCGGCGUCGAGAAGUUCGGCCGGUACUUCCGUAAGAAAGGAUGGAUAACGGAGAAGCAAGAGACUCGAGUAGAAGGCGAGACAAGGCAGGGUAAUGCGGCACAUAUUGAGAAACAAAACACCGCCUCCAAGUGGUUUGAUCGGGGAGAAGCCGCGACAAGAUGGGUUGUCGAGUUAGCGACGGCAUAUGCUAUCGUGAAGCUCUUCCUGCCGGUGCGCAUCUUCAAAUGCUACAAGGAGGGUUGUUGGAUGGACAAAACGUCCGUCUCCAAAAUGAGAAAACUAGGCGCAGCUCAUCGGUCGUUCGAGCCACCACGGAGUAGCUUGGCUAUGGCUUUUGCCUGGCGGUAG